UCUAACUCUUAUAUAAACACAACAAUAACAACAAAAAGAAAACAAGUAGAAAAAAAGGAUAGACUUUUGUUGAAAAGUGAAACACCUAUUUUAAUUUGUUUGUUUGUUUGUUGGCUUGAUAAUAAUGAGUAACUACAUCAAACAAGAACCCUCUGAAUCAUCAUCAGACAUGUUUAUGAAAAAGAAUCGCAGCCGUCAAACAAUUUCGUUAAUCAGUAUCGGUAGCAGUAGCAGCGAUUCCGAUGAAGAUGAGUUUGGUACCCAACUUAACCCGAACAAGAAGCAGAGAGUCGAAGCGGUUCUGCCGGCUGGAUUCCUCGAUCCUAUCCGGCCAGAAAAACCAACCGCCGCCGCGCCGCCUAUUACCGCAGGUAAUGCUAUGGUUCCGGUGAGGGAAGAGAUUAAUAAUGUUUCGGCGGCGGCGGCGGAAAAAGGGAAGCGGGCGGCGGUUACCACUAAUACUGCGGCUGUGGUGCGUAACUGUAAGCAGUUCUGGAGAGCCGGAGAUUACGAGGGAAUCUCUAACGGCGGCGACGUUUCACUUGCUGACAUGGAUCACGUUAGGGUUCAUCCUAGAUUCUUGCAUUCAAAUGCUACCAGUCACAAAUGGGCUUUGGGAGCUUUUGCUGAGCUUCUAGACAAUGCCUUGGACGAGGUACUUGUUUCAUUACAGUGGCCUUGACUAUAUUUUAUUUUUGUAAUUGUUGUAUUUAUUUUGUUUCGUAUAUCAACAAAUUUUUGAUGUUAU